AUGCUGAGGGACCUAAUUACUUGGGUAUUAAAUACCUAUCUUGGGAAGUAUUUAGAAAAUUUGAAUUCCGCCCAGCUGUCCGUCGCAUUGUUAUCAGGUGAAGUAGAGCUUGAAAAUGUGCCAAUUCGGAAGGACGCGUUGCGCUCAUUUGGCCUACCGAUUGAAGUUUCUGCCGGCAGUAUUCGUAAAAUUAAACUUCAAGUACCGGUGCGCCAGUUCACAACUUCUCCAUGGUGCAUCUCCGUGGAGGGCUUGUUCUGUGUUAUAUGUCCGAAGGAUAUUGAGAAUUGGGAUGACACCAAAGAAAAAGUAGUCGAUCUGGAAUACAAGCUCACAGUCUUGGAUGCUGCUGAAGCCAAAUGGCGGUCAGAGAAAGGCCAGCAAAUCGAAUCCUAUUACUUCUCCUCCUACAAUAGUUGGCUUAAAUAUGGAACUAAUAUGGCAACCAACAUUAUUGAUAAUAUUGAACUUAAAAUAUCCGAUGUCCACUUUCGAUAUGAAGAUGCCGUGGAUGUGGCCAACAGCCAAAUUGCUGCGGGUAUCAAAAUCGGUUCAUUAACUGCUCAGAGCUGUGAUUGUAACUGGGUUGCUGGUGCAAAUAGACAGGUUAAUAACGAAAAAACCUAUAAAAUAGUUGAGCUGAAUGAUUUAUCACUAUACUGGGAUAUACUAUAUGAAGACAUAAAAUGUCAGAAAUAUUCAAAUCAAGAACUUUUAUCGAGUAUGAGUACAACUUGCGAAAUACGACCACACAAAUUUAUUAUCAAGCCCAUCAGUGCCACGGCUCGCUGGAAACGGGAAAAAUGUCAACAAUUAAUUCUUUCAAAGGAUAGACCCCGUGUGUCAUGUGAAAUCCUGGUACCCGAAGUUAUCAUUUCGUUAUCCAAUAUACAACAUGGUCAAAUGCUGGACAAAAUUGCCGGAAUUCGGAAAAUAAAAGAAAUUCGAAAUUACCGACUAAAGCGACCGGGCUUUACCAUUCUAGAAGACCCAAAACUGUGGUGGAAAUAUGUUUUGGAUUGUCACGGUAUUACACUAAAAACUAGUGAGGAAAAAUUUCUAACAUUUCAAGAAAACCUACGAUAUAUGCGGCUUUACCAAAAGCUCAUACGUAAUCCCAAUGAAAAUUUGACGAAAGAUGAGAAGAGUUUCAAAUCAAUUUUUGAAAGCGAUAGAAAUGUAGCAGAUUUGAUAAUUCUGCGCAGGAUAUGUUUUGAAAAAGUUUUCACAAAAGGACUAUCCCUAAAAUCUCAUGAUAUAAAAGGGAAAGGCAUGUUAUUUCAUUGGUUUCCAAACUGGAUGGGAUGGUACGGAAAUAACUCCUCUCAAAACUCAGAACAAGACGAAGGUCUUAAAAAUUUGGAAGAUGACAUUUUAGUAGCAUUAGAAGAUUCGCUGCAAAGUUCUUCAGAUAUAAAACGCGAUGCAAUCUUUGGAUACUUUACUAUCCAACUUUUAAAUGGACGAGUAAUUCUAAACUCUGAAAGUGAAGAAAACGGAAGCGAAAUGCAAAACUAUAUGGAAAUGCAAUUUAAGAACUUUUCUUCGUUUCUUCAAUUAAAUCCACUAUUAACAUCCCAUGCUAUUGGAAUAUCUUUAGGGGAGAUAUGCUUGUUAGAUAAAACAAACGAGGCUACCAAACAUCCAUUUUUAAUAAAACCACAGUUAGACACUGCAACAAUGGCAAAACAAGCUGAUAAUAAAAAUACUCUGAAGAAAACAUCUGUAGAUGAACCUCUGUUUGAGCUACGAUAUGAAAACAACAAUCAAAUACAGUUUAGCCUAAACAUCAAAUCGAAAAGCUUGGAUAUCACAUACAAUACAGAUGCAGUGCAUUGGCUGUUAAACUUUUUCCACAAAUCACAAAAAACCAUUACUAUACGGAAGAAGAAUUCCGAUAUAAAGAAGAAAAACUUUAUAAAUAAUUGGAAUGAAAUGUUUGUUGGGAAUGAGUCACAUCGUAAAAGUUGGACAUUUGAAAUUGAAGUAUUUGCACCUCGUAUAAUAUUCUUGGAAAACUACAAGGUCAAUAAUUCGCUUAUGAUAUUAAUGGAUUUCGGAAAGUUUCAAAUGCUUAAAACAGAUUUUCAAAAUAAAGCUUCAACAAUAAACUCAAAAGUAAUAGAUCCAAUUGAUGACCGGAGCGAUGAUGAUGAAGCAUUUAUGACGCCAUGCUCUACACCACCGGCAUCAGAGAAAAGUGGAUCAGAGUCGCCAACAUUACAUGAGAAUUUGAUUGACGAAUUAGUUAUCAAUAAAGAUACUCAACUUGAAACUGCACUACACAGGAAAAUUUAUAACAAAUAUACAAUACAUCUUACAGAUUUGCAAGUUCUGGUUUGUAAAUACCAGGAGAGAUGGCAAGCGAGCCUAAAAAGUUCUUCAAAUUUUCAUUUAAUCGAUAAAUUCAAUAUAACAUUGGCGUUGGAACAACGAACCAUGUUUACGUCUGACCCGGAUUAUCCGGCGUUUACACUAAUCGGAACACUUCCGACUAUUUUAAUACAUGGUAAUGAAGAAAACAUAAAUAAUUUCUUUGACAUAAUGCACCCAAUUACAUGUAGUACAGGACUUGUCAAUAAAUCAGAUAACACUGAAGAAAAUAAAGUUCAUUUGGAUGAGCAAACACAAAGUGAAAAUAGUAGUGGUGAGAAUCGCUUAGUAAUACAGUUUGUAAUUGGCCAAAUGAUUAUUGAAAUGCAGUCGAAAGAAAAAAGCAUUGCGGAACUUCAAAUUAUUGGAGCUCGUGCUGGGCUAGUGAAAACAUCAGAGGAAACAAAUAUUACAAUGUCAGUUCAUGGCUUACUCCUAGUUGAUGCUAUACAGUCUUUUGGUCCCGAUUUUGAACUUUUGGUGGCAAGUCAUCGACAUGUUGGAAUGGACAGUUUUUCAGGAAGUCUAAAACAUAGUACCGCCUGCUCACCGGUUACUCCUGGAUCUCCGGAUCAUUUCAUUUUCCAGCGCCCCACAAGUCCCCAUAUUAUAAAUAGUGCUGUUCAAAAUAUUCAAAAGGGAUUUGAUGCGGAAGGCAAUGACGAUGGGGGUCUUAAUGCUCUGAUUACUAUAGAAAUCAAAAUUGUUGCACCUAACGCUAACAAUCCAUUCUAUCUCCAAACGACGAAUAUUGCCUUUAAUAAUUUGGAUAUAAUUGCCAACCAGGAUACCAUUCUUGAACUAAUGGAUUUUACAAAACGAACGAUUUUAAAUCAGAAAAUUUUCCUGAUGUCGAAUAAAGGGGAAAACAAAGAUAUUGUUAUUGCGCCAAAGGAAUCUGAGGAUGGCUUAAAUUACGGUCAUAAUGAAAUCGUUUUCGAUUUUUUUCGAUUAAAUAUUUUGAUUUUAUAUACAAUUAACCGCGAAAACUACACUAUAGCUCGAAAAGUUGGAACUCUCACCAUGAGUGAGGCAAAAAUUUGUGCUUCCAUCCAACCCGAUGUAUCCGUGAGGGGAUCAUUAGGAGGCAUUCAGAUUAUUGAUAUUACACCGGAAGGCAUUUGCCAUCAAAGAAUACUUGCUGUAGGCAAGAAUCUAGAAUCAUCGAAUUCAGAACUACACAGACAAUCCAUAAUUGAUCGCCUUUCUAAUGAAAUCUAUUUCACAAACUUCGAUGACCAAAAAUAUGAAGAAAUGAACGCACUAAAUUUUAAAAUACAAUGGUCGGAUAGAGCGGCUCUAAAAGUACACGUUCGAAUGGCCUCUGUAUGGUAUACUCAUUGUCCCAGGUUCUUACAGGACUUGAAUGUGUGUGUCACCCAUUUUAAACGGAGCCUUCGGCAAUUUUUUACAUCAAUUGGGAACAAAGCAACUGAUAUGGCAAAAGAAUUUGUACAACAAAUAAAAGAUGUGAAUUAUUAUGCAAAACCAACACAACAUCAGGAAGAGCAAAACAAACUUUCAGUAUUUUCGUUAGAUGUAAUUAUAAACAGUCCGGUUAUUAUUCUCCCCGUUUCCAAUGAAAGUACCGAAGUUCUUGUUGCGAAUUUGGGAAAAAUAAGUUGCUGUAAUACCAAUCAUUACAACAACGUAAACCCCUUUUGUGGGGAAUCUAUCGAAACAUAUGAUGUAGAGAUAAGAAACAUCAAUUUAUACUCAUUGAACAUAAUGUCUGAGGUGGAGGAUAGAUCAAUGACAAUAUAUAAAGCGAAGGAAAUGUACUCUUGCAAAAAUGACGCUGUGCCUAUAUUGCAUGACACAGCAAUAUCCUUAAAAUUCUCGAGAGCAUACAAGUGUGUAUCCAACGAUGAAAAUCAUGUUCAGACAUUUUCCGUGGAAGGAAGUAUGGUAGAAACACUAAAAAUUUCCUUGUUUCGAAAGCAAUAUGAACAACUAAUUGACUCCAUACAAAAUGCUACUAAUUUUUCAUAUGGAGUCGCACCGGGCGAUGCGGUUCAAGAUAUAUUGAGUAGCAGUACAACAAAUUACAACAGCAUAGAUGCGAAAGAGAAUAGUGUGGUGACAACGAUACAAUUCUCAGUGCCUGUUCUCGAAAUAAACCUACAAAAUGAACACCAUGAGACGUUAAUCAACAUAAUCUUCAAAGAUUUUAAAGUAAACAACCAAAUUAGAGGUAACGAAACAGAUCUCGAAAUCAUUUUGAAAUCGGUGCUCAUGGAGGACUUAAAGUCCGAAAUGACAUCACCAUUUCGAAGUAUGGUUACGUCUAUAAAUCUUGAAAAGGGAGCUAAAACAAAAGAACAGACCUCGUCAUCCUGUCCGGACUUGCCAAACCUCUUUAGCAAAUACAAAAAUAUGUCUUUGUCAAUGCCGUGCAAUUUGAACGAUUCUGUUAAGCUGAGCAGCUUCCAUAAGGAAUUGCAAUCUGGAUUUUAUAAAAAAAACAAAUUUAACGAUCGGAAAAAUGAGAACUUAGUUAUCUACAAAUCACACAUUCAAAGCAUUCCAAGAGCACAAGAAAAUGGCCGAACUAAAACCGAAAAAUUAAGUUCGAUUGAGUUCAAUUGCCUGAAUUUGGCGAUAUGCGUCGAUAGAUGGUUUAUGAUUUUUGACUUUUUUGGGCUUGUUUCAAACACACGGAAAAAUGAAGAUUUUCAAGUAAAGCCACAUAUUUCACAAGAAAGUACCAAUGAGUUUUGCAGCAAGCUUAGAGUAUCAAUAAGAUCUCUUAAUUUUACACUGAUACGAAACGAGUCACAGCUUUCAAGAGUGAAUGUCUCCAACGCUACAUUUAUUAUUUUCCAAGAAACAAAUGUAAAGACUGUUGAAGGCUGCUUGGGAUCUAUUUCUCUUUACGACCUCACCAAAUUUGGUCAUAUAUAUAAGCAGAAGUUUGUAACUAGUGGAACUGAAGCGGUCAACUUUGUUUAUAAAAAAAAACUGUCGGAGCUGGAAGCAUUACAAGCGUUGGAUUCUGACUCGAUAUUACGAAUAAAUAUGUCUUCGGUUCACUACGUACAUACGAAACGUUUUGUGAUUGAACUACAUUUGUUUAUUAAGGAGUUGCUGCAACUACAAACGCCUGUAAUCAAAAAGUUGAAAUUACAAAAUGUGGACAGAGACCGAACAUCACAGCCAUCGAAAAUAAAGUUGUCAAUUCAAGCGGACUCGCCGCUAAUAGUGUUACCAGCCAGCUAUAACAGUAAUUAUGUAUUAGUGGCAAACCUCGGGAAGUUUACACUAAAAAACCGCUUUCAUUUUGCAAGCGAUGAGUGCGUUAUAAGUAAAAAAGGAGAUGCUGCAAAUAUAACUGAGAUUUUGGACGUUAUGCACAUCGAUUUGGUCAACAUAAAUUUGUUCUCUGGCGAGCGCUGCACGGAUAUAACAAAAUCUGGACAACAUAAUUCUGGGGAAUGGAUAGUUAUUGCAAAUAUGGACAUUGCUAUACUUGGAAGGAAACUUUUCAAUGAGUCUUGCUAUCUUAAACUUCAGGUUGAACGUAAUUUAAAUACAAACUUUGAUCGCGUCUGCCCAGAUAUAAGCGUUAAAGGAACAUUUUCUAAAUUGAACGGUAUUCUUGAUAUUCAACAAUAUAAACUUAUAAAGAGUUUUCUAAACAACAAUUUGGGCGAGCAAAUCGAUGAUGUUUAUUACAACUACGCAAACAAUCUUUGCCAAUCAAUUGAAAAAUUGUCCGCACUGCAGCAAUUUGCAAAGGAACAAGCGCGCUCCACGGUCCAUAAUUUGCUUUCAAUAACAAUAUUACUAGAGGAUGUGUCCAUACUGCUCGUGUUAAAUUCCACACCAAAGAAAAGCCUACAGCCAUUAACGUGCAUACAUUUUAUAAAAUCAUCUUUGGAAAUAGAUUCGUUCAGCGAUGGAUCACAAGACAUAGACCUAAUAUCGAGCAAUAUACUUAUAGUUGACGAAAGAACAGGGGGAGAAACAAAAAAUGUCAAUGUGUUUAGAAAUAUAUUGCAACCCUCUAAAAAAGAAACGCUCUCCAACAAUACUGUUCAAGCCGAAAUUCAUUGCAGGAAAAGACUAAAUUCUAGCAAAUACACCAUAAUGCUAAACAAUAUGAGAGUUAUGGCAAUUUUAAGGUUUCUGGAAGAAUUCAAAAAUUAUAUACAAGAGGAACCUCUGAAUUCGGCCCCAAUACAGUACUUAACAAGUCAAGUCAUCAGCAAAAGUCGUAGUGAUUUGGAGAACAGUUCUAUAAAUGAGUUUGUUAUAAAUAUUACAGAUUCUGAAAUCAUUUUCGUUGAACAAUGCAGUCAGAUGGAUUCUAAUGCAAUCAUACUGAAAAGUACCACCGUUAUUUCAUAUAAGCCCAACAGUAAUUCUCUACCAUUGUCAAUAAACAUAAAUCAUUUGGAAAUUUUCUCCUGCAGCCUGGAUGCUGAAGAUGAAAGUGCUUUAUCAAUAAUAGAUCCGUUUACUCUCAAUAUAGAGUUGCGAAACAAUUGCUUGGGUGUAUUUAUCCACAAAAAUUUAAAUAUACGAUUAUCAUAUGUAGACAUGAAACUUUUCUCGCGAAUGCUACAGUCAAUACCCAGCCAAACAGCACAGUCGCAAACAAAUUUAUCAAAAACUAAUUCGGAUUUCGAAAAAAUAGCACCACUCCUCGCAAUGGGAUUUGAAAUAACAGAUUGCUGGAGUGCAAUGGAGCUUAACAAUUGGAAAUUAAAUGAAUCUGCUAUCUGGCUAUCCCAACAGAAACAUAACACAAACCCAAAUCCGGCGUUAGAGUUAAAAAAUGCUUUAUUAGAUGCUAAUUUGAUAUCUAUAUGCGUGAUUGAUGACUGCAUGGAUGCUGAUGUGCCUUUACUUGAAAUUUCUCUUUCAAAGAUGCUACUUAAAUACAAAUUUAAAACCAAAAAAAUUGAAAAGGAUAACUCGAACACAACGUAUUUGACGGAAGGCGAUAUUGAAACUGAAAUGUCUAUAAAUUAUUAUAAUAGACGGCUAAGUGGAUGGGAGCCUGUUGCUGAGCUUUGGGAAUGCACGGGAAAGUGGAAAUAUAUCAAAACGUAUACAGAUAAAAAGAAUAUAUUUGAAAUAAAUAUAGACAGCAAACAGAUAUUGAAACUUAAUAUCACGUCGACACUAAUUGAACUAUUUAAUAUGGUGUUUAAAAAUUGGACUAAUGAUUUCUCUGAUAAAGAGAAUAAAAAUGCAGCUUUCAGACAGCGCACGCCCUUCAUUCCAUUUGCAUUGCAAAAUCUUACCGGUACUCCGUUGCUUUUUAAACCAAUUUAUGCACAACUAGGAGAUAUUGCAUGUUUGGACACGCAUCAGCAGGAACUUAUUAAGAACUGGAUUUCUGUACAGCCAAAUGAAGUGAAAACCUUUGAUUUCAGUCACAAAACUAAAAUGAGGCAUAUAGAUUCCCACCAACUGAAUUUACAUCAGAUUUUAGUGCAAAUUCACGGAUGGACUCUAAUUGGACCCAUUUCCAUCGACAAAGUAGGUGUUUUCUUUCGGGCUACUAAUCUUGAUGCACAUUAUGCGAAAAAGACACGCAUUGUAUUUGAAAUAUCUUUGAUUGGAUCUGCGCAGAAGCUUAUUAAAGUAAGAUCAGCAUUAAGUGUAAUCAACAAGCUGGAUCGCGAAAUCAUCCUAAAAAUGGUAGCGGUCAACGAUCAAUAUGAAAGCACUUCGAAUAUUUGUGCGAUUGGGUCCCAGGAGCAGCAAUGCAUACCUCUAAAAUUUAUCGAUGCAUCCUUAUACAUCAAGCAUAAUUUAAAUAGAGACCAGUUGAAGAGUUCUAAAAAUUUUGGAAACGAAGUUGAAGAAGUUGGCUUCAGUAAUCAUGAAAUAUCUUGGAAGCACUGUGGAAAGGACUAUGUGCAAAAUUUACAAAUCUGCUACGAUGUUAAUAAGAGCAUAUUAUAUACAUUAAUGUAUAUGACCCGAGAAAUCUAUCUUGGCAAGGAACCAAAUUUGCCGGGACACACUAUUACCCUGCUACCACCUUUAAAGCUAAACAAUAUGCUGUGUUGUGAUCUUAUUUAUGAGAUCAAUGGAAGCGCUUCGGGCAGAAUAAGUUCUUCGGAAAGUGUUAACAUAUAUAAUGUAAAUAUCUCUGAAUCAUUUAACUUGAGCAUUACAUUGGAUAAUUUUCAACUAUCAGGUCAACUGAAAGUCCCAAUGAGUCAUAAUGGUAUUGUUGAGCCAAAGCUAAAGUUAAUUGAUAUUCAAAACAGAGAGCUUCAUCUGCGCAUAUCCAUUCAGUAUUUCAAAGGCAAAGGAAUGGAAAUAUACAUAAGUGCCCCAGUGUGGAUAAUAAAUAAAACCGGCCUUCCUCUUAUUUAUAAGCAAGAAGGAGCAAGCAACACCGCUUCAGGGCAAUUCGAUGAGCAUGAGCGUGCACGUCAAGUUUCCCCGUUGAUGUUUUCGUUCUCAGAUCAAGAGGGAUCCCCUGCCUUAGAAGUACGCCUGGGAAGCUCUUACGGUACCAAUAAUCUGUGGUGCAAAAGUUUUAGCAUUCAUAAGAAUAUAACACACAGAGAGCUGCGAGCGGAACAUACAAAUGGUUGUUAUGCAAUAGGCAUUAGUGUGCGUCGAGGAAGAGGUAUAUAUUCGUGUACCACUUUUGUAACGUUGUCUCCUCGUUUCCAAUUGCAUAACAAGAGUGGAUACAAAUUGGAGUUUGCCCAAAAAUGUGAUAUUGCCAAAUUAGAUAUAAAGCCACACAAUAUUAUAUCAGCGCCCGUUGACUGCAAUUUCCCCUUCCAUUGGCCGAAUUGGGAUCGAGAACCAUUAAUUUGUGUGCGUAUAGCCGAUGUAGAGUUCUGCUGCUGGUCAAAGGGCAUCCCCAUUAACGAAGUGCAAAGCCUGUACAUCAAUGUGAGAAAUGAAUGGGGUGAAAUGUUCUUCUUGCGAUUGGAAGUUAUUUCCAAAGGAGCUACAUAUGUUCUAUUAUUUACGGAUGCCAGAAGCCUGCCCCCACCUAUUAGAAUUGAUAACUGUUCCGAGGUAGUAAUCACGUUUUUCCAAAUGGGUUCCAAACCACAUUGGCCGACACCAGUGCGCCCACAAUCGUCGUUAUCAUAUGUUAUGGACGAUCCCUUGGGGAAUCAAACAUUACUUAUGGAAGCACCGGGUGGCAAUACAAUUGAGUUUCCCAUUAAUAAGACAAACACGAUUAAAGGCUUAACAUACUCAAACUUUAUAUAUAUAGCAUUUCAUAAGACAUUUGAUCAAUUCAAUUCUGAUAUCAAGAAGAAUGAGUUGGUUUAUCAGCAGUUGGUCUUGGGAGUUCGAGAUAAGAAGGUUAUUAUUAUGGAAAAGAACUCAGGAGACCGCUCUCAGCUGUGGCUGAUGAAUUCAAAUGGUCAAAUAGAACAUGAAGGCUCAUCUCCGCCAUUUCCUUCAAAUGAAUCCAACUCUGUACGUAUGGUGCUUGACUUGGAAAGACCACCUAAUCCUACCCAGUUUACUAAGCUAGUCGUUAGAGCUCCUAAUAAACAAAGGAUCACAACACAAACAUGGAGAUUCGAAAACGGUCGCUUAAUGUGUCACGCCAAUAUGUGCGUUCAGGCUUUUGGUGGUCUUAUGGGACUAAAACCUAAUGCUGAAGCGGGAUUGGGGCGAAUUGAAUUACCAAAUGCUGAAACGAUACCAAUUGAACAAAAUGUUGUCGCACAAAAACUAAGACCUGGCUCAGGACAGCUUGAAGUAUCAAUGAAAAUGGAUGGGCCCAUUUGCACGGUUCAAAUAUGUGAUAUUAAGUUAAAACUCAAUGAUAUAUGUUUAGCGCCUGAUUUGUUAUGGACACACGCCUCCCUAAACAACAGACAAAUUGUUGACGAGGGGAAACAGCACGAUCUAUAUGAGUAUUUGGUAUGCGUUGAGCUUCCCAAAGGUAUUGGCGUAUCAAUCAUUACCCGCAAACCUUGCGAGGAAAUAAUGUAUAUAAGUCUUGAAAACAUAUCUGCGGAUAUUAUACAUAGCAAUGUAGAACAGUCGUUGGACUUAAAAAUAUCAUAUUUUCAAAUAGAUAACCAGCUGCUUGAUGCUGUUACUCCAGUUUCGUUGCAUAGCAGCAAGAUAAGCAAUAGCGAUGCACAAAAGAAUGCCAUUGUACUUAAACUGAAAACAUUGCCAAGUCCAAAUAAGAGCGCCAUUAUUUUCAAAUACCUAACGCUGGACAUGAAGCCAUGCAUAGCGUAUAUGGAGGAAAGACUAAUACUCAAAGUGGCUUCUUUUCUUGGAUAUGGCAAGUUCAAUGUCAAUAGCUCCAGCUUACAUUUCCCCAAUGAAUUUAAGGAUUUUGAAGAGAGAAUGAUGUUAAAAGAUAUGAAGAGAUAUUAUUUUGAAAAUUUCAGUAUUGGAUCGACGCAGGUUCGAUUAUCUGCUUUGACUUCAUCAAAAUUACCGCCGGAGCUGCAGGAAACCAAAAAAGCUUUGGGGCUCACUCUAAUCAAAUUUGAAGACGCAUUGAUCGAAUUGGAUAAGUUUUCGGACAAAUAUCACUUUGAAACAAUGGAUGUUUAUCUAAGAGCCCUGAAGAUACAUUACGUAAACCAAAUUAAAUGGCACGCAGCAUCAAUACUGGGAAGUGUGGAUUUCUUGGGAAACCCGUUGGGCUUCGCAAAUGAUCUGUCUGAAGGUGUAUCCGGACUGAUUUUUGAAGGGUCGGUGAAGAGUCUUGUAAAAAAUGUAACGCAUGGAAUUUCAAAUUCUACAGCAAAGUUAACGGAAACACUAUCAGAUAGCCUUGGGAGAGUUGUUUUAGACGAUCACGAUAACGAAACACGGCAGAGAAUUCUGGAGCUACAAUCAAAUACCUCAAGCGGUCACCUGGCUGCCGGCAUUAAGGGAUUUGGCUUUGGUUUGCUUGGUGGUGUGACCAGCAUUGUGCGACACACAUACGAUGGCGCUCAAGCUGAUGGUGUUCCGGGGUUUCUUAGCGGUCUGGGCAAAGGAUUGGUUGGUACCGUCACAAAACCCAUUAUUGGCGUGUUAGACUUGGCCUCCGAAACUGCCAGUGCUGUGCGUGAAACAAGCAGAGGUACCCAUCGAAAUUCGCCAGAUCGUAAACGCCUACCCAGAUGUGUAACUGGUGCUCCUGGCGGCCUAUUGCCUUCAUACUCCAGUCGACAAAGCAAAGGUCAACAAUAUUUGUACAUUAUAAACCGCAGAAAUUUCGAUGAGAAAAUAAUAUCUUAUGAGCCCAAUUUAUGGAGCGAUAAAGAAGCGAGAUUACGUCUUCUGGUUUCUACAGAAUUUGUACGGGUAUUUUCGUUAUGUGAUGGCAAUCCCACCAUAACUUUUGAAAGUCAUCUUAGUGAAAUUCUUUCUUGUCACCCUCUGAUAACAAAUUCUGGGACCACACCAUCUACAAGUAAGAUGCAGGCAUCUUAUUACAUUGAAAUUUCUACAAACUUGCCAAAGAUUACUAGGCCGAGAAUCCGCUGUCGAACUGAAGAAAGUGCCGAGACUGCGUCUAGAUGUAUAAAUUACGCUAAAAGUGUCUUCGAUGAACGCGAGCAUUCGCUGUGACUUGUUUAAAAAUGUAUUCAUUUGACUGGUAAAAAUACAUGGUGGUUUUGUAUUGCAA